AUGGUCCACUUCGCCUUCAUCACCCUGUUGGCACUUACAGCCAUAAAUUCAGGCGAGUCGACGAGUAAAGAUGCAAUUUCAACGAGACUUGCUAAAAUCAAUCGAGAAAUCCCUAAAGUCACUGCGUAUCUGAAAAGUUCAGAAGCGAAAGUAAAACAGGCUACAGACAAGAUUCUCAGUCAAAAUGCAAGCUUACAAGGAGAAAUAAAAAAGUAUACGGACUGCCUGGAAAAUGCAUACAAGUACAGUUGGGGAAGCGAGGCAUUUAAAAAUAUACUUCACCAUUUUCCCGGAGACCCUCAUAGGAUAUUAGUCGAUGCGGCAAAAUGUAUCCAACAAGAAUCCUUCGAAUAUAAAAGAAAUAUAGAGGAGUUCCCCAUAAAGAAAUGUUUCGUGAAUAUGCCUCCAGCACCUUACGAAGAUCUGCGUCAACUCAAUGUACAAAUUUAUUACUUAUUCUUUCACAAACACGAGCAAACUUUUAAUAUUUAUGCGAAAAAUAUAAACGAAAUUCUAUUGAAGGGGUUGAUAUUUAUGAAACAUAAGUUACCGACCUGUGUUUCCCCAUCAUUCUCCAAACUUCGGAGAUUGGAUGGUGGUUGUUCACAGGUCGAAAAGACUAACUCAGUUAACUCACUUCUCGAUCUCAGUGCCAAAGUAGUUGCUGAAUUCCUGCCAUUUGAAUAUGUGGAGCGCAUGUUAGUUCAUGUUCCGGAACCUGUUCAAGAAAAGAUCAUUUACUAUUCUUUUCCACAACGAGAUAGUGACAUUUAUACAUAUGCAUCUUUUCACACAAAAUAUGACAAAACUCGAGAUAAGAUUCCGUAUUACCAGGGCUUGGAAUAUUUUCAGAAUAACUGUGUAGAGGAUGUAAUACAGAUAGGCUUUCAUUUAACUGGUUCUGUACGCCAACAACCUGCCUCAUGCGUUGUCGGGACACAAGGAGGAAAUAAGUUCAAGGUUUCUAUAACUUUUGACAGAUGCAAAAUAAUAUCCGUUUGCUGCGAUUGUGGUAAUAAGGGAUUACCAUGGUGUCCUCAUGUUGUCGCUCUGGCUAUAUUUCGCAUACGACAACCUCAGUCUGUGGAUUAUCGUUCACCUAUUUCUGAUGCCCUGGUAUGCAUGAGUCGUAGCCAACUACAGAAAUUUGCUCAAUACCUGAUUGCUUCACAUCCAAAUAAAAUUUUACCCAGUGCACAACGACUCGCCGAUCAGUUACUACAACCGGAAUCAACUAUCAAUAAAACUUCAGGCGCACCUGAUCCAACCGCUGGUGGGAGCCUACAAGAAGUAGCUGCAUGGUAUCUUGACGAAGCUGGUGUUCGUGAACAACUUCGUGCUGAAUUGACUAAUCUAGCCAAUAAUGCUACACUUGUUGGAGGAUUAUAUGGAGGUGAUAACAACUCACCACCUAAUAUACGGUUGCCGUCUGGUGGUGGUGGUGGUCAGUCGGGCGCCCAGCUUUCUGCAUCAGCUCCUCCAUCAGGCGUUAUGCAACAACGAUCAAACAAUUCACAUCGACCACAUCCCAACUCUUCAUCUUCAUUGGAUAAUAAUAAUAAUAACAAUAGUCGUGUUGUUAAUAAUAGAAAUCAAAGCGAUACUGACCAUACCUCCUCUCCUCCUCCUCCUCCCAGUGAAGAAGUUGGUCUAGACUGGUUACUCAGAUAUCGUCGAUUAACAACAUCGCAUCAGAAUCUGUUUAUCGGCAGUACAACAUGUACAAAUCCUUAUACAACAUUCAAUGACUUCGACUUUGCAUCAUCAUCAACAUCUAGUAACCAUGCCCCAGGAUCCUAUGAUGAAUCAUGUCUUCAUUCAGAAUCAUCGAUGUCCAACAACAACAACAACAGCAGUAAUCGUCUAUAUUAUUCCACUUCACCAUUUCACCUACUAUCCAAUUCAUUCGAUAUUGAUCCAAAUGUGCAUAAUAACUCCAAUAUCAAUACGACUAAUACUACUACUACUACUACUAAUAGUAGCAGUAUGCAGUCAAGUGGAACACAGAUUGCUGCCAUGUUCGCUAAAGUACGCGAAUUAUUGGCUAAACGUGAUUCAAAUGCUCCGCGUUUGUUAAGUCUUAUCACAGAAGAAUUACUGAACUGUUCAAAACUGCCUCCUUUAAAAUCAAGACGAAAUAUCCGGAAUAGUGGAAUCAACAUGGCGAAUAGAUCACAAACAAUUCCUCCUGUAAUCCGUUUACCGCAUAGUCAACUGCUGCAAACAUCUGAUCGUAAUUACUCCAGUGAAAACUUAUCCAACUCCUCCUCCUCAGCACCAUCACCAUCAUCGAAUCAUAAUUCCUCUCAUUCAUUGUUCAGUCAACCUCCUCCAUGGACUGUUCGACUAUGGGAAGAAGUGUGCCUGCUAUGGACACUUGUACUCCUUAGUCCUGAUUGCAGUGCUGAAGUGAAAAAACAAUGGCGUUGUCGACUACAGAAUUGGUCACGUGUCAGUCGAAGUCCCUGUGAUGAUUGUUAUCUACUUCCUAAUCAUUAUUUUUCGUCUAUUCAUGAAUUAUCCGAAGUCGAUGAAGUCGAUGGUCAGCAACACCAACAACAGUCUGGUGGCCAACAGCCAGCAACCUCUCGUGCCUAUCGUCGUACUUCAGUAUUCCGGCUGCCAAUAGAAGUCAGUUAUAUGUCAUGGGAUGAGGUCUGGUUAACGCAUUUAUUGUCUUUUAAUAAUAAUAAUAAUAAUAUCAAGUCGGACAAAAAUGAAGAAGAGCUCAAUGAGACCAGCGUCAACCGUCAAUCUCAUUAUUCAACAAAUAUUUCUUUGGAUGAUAAUAAUAAUAAUAAAACAACAUCUAAUUCGCCUGGAGCAGGCGGAGGAGGUGAAUGUCAUUGCCCUUAUUGUGAUCUUUCAGCCACUCUGACUGAACCAUUCCCCUUACUGUGUUUACGUGUCGCUGCAUUACGCAGUAAUGGUUAUCUAAGUCAAGCACUACAACUUGCUGUAUUCAUUAGUCAGCGUUUAUUGCGGUCGGUUAAAGCGAAAACUGCAUUAGCCACGUCUACAUUAUUCAAUAUGGGUAUGCGUAGUCCCCCGCAAACAUUUUCUCCGCACAUGUCUUGGAAUAAUAAUAAUAAUAAUAGUAACAGUAAUAGUAAUAAUAAUAAUAGUAACAAUAAUAAUAAUAAUUAUCCGAAUGAUAUAUUAACAGCGCGUCGUACACUGUUCAAUACACCGCCUAAUAAUGGACAAGGAAUUCGAGUUGGCGGUGGAAUGCAUUCUAAUUCACGUUAUAUAUCCUCAGCCAAUAUGCCCUCAUCUCCGAUUAUUAUUUCGAAUCAUGGCAAAUUCUCUCCUUCACAUCGCCGCCUUACCUCGCCUCGUCCAGCAUCACUCUCCCCUCCAAUUAAUGUGAAUCAUCAUUCACGUUCAAUUCCCCCACCUCCUCCCCCGCCUCUGCCUGCGCCUAGGCGUCUUGGUCUUUCACCGAAUUCAAAUCACAGUCCUGGUCCAUCAUGUUCUAAUCAUCAGCCUGUGAAUAAUAAUAAUAACUGUUGUUGGUCUAGUCAAUCCCCUUAUUUGUUUAAAUCACCUCCUCCCCCUCCCCCUUCUGCUCCUAGUACAUCUCAGCAAUAUUUAAAUCACUGUUCCCCGUCUGCAUCAGCACCAUCAGCAUCUUCAUCAUCAUCAGGAUCAUCACCAUUUUCUCCAGUUCCAUUUCAUAAUUCUUAUCAUCAUCAUCAUCAACAACAACAACAACAAUCGUCGAAUACCAAUCAUGUCUACUAUUAUUAUAAUAAGCAGCAUAUGCCUUAUCCAAAUUCUUCGCUUUACCCCUAUGCUUCUUCUUGUUCAUUACCACCACCUAUGCAUAACUCAAACUGUGGUAGCAAUGGGAAUAGCAUAGGAGCAGCAGCAACAGCAGCAGUGAUGCAUCCUGUUCACUAUAACCGCUCAUUAACUUCUCCUACUUCUCCUUGUCCUCCUCCUCCUCCUCCUGGGAACAGAUCUAUUCCUUCAAGACCGUUACUGUCGCCUCAUUCAAAUAUGCCCAGUGGUGGUGGUGGUGAUUACUUUCCAGGUCGACCUGUGAUUUGUCUAGUUGAAUGCUUAUUGGAUGCAGCUGCUAUUGUCGUUGAAGCGGCGGCUAGUCAUCAUCAUCAUCAUCAAACGCCUAUCGCUUUACCAUCAUCAUGGGGUCAUAUGGAAAAAGCAUCAUUCUACUUGUGUUUAGCAGUGAAAGUCAGUGGAUACCCCUAA